AUGUCGGGACGCGGAAAACAAGGUGGCAAGGCUCGUGCCAAGGCUAAGACCCGUUCUUCUCGGGCUGGGCUUCAGUUUCCCGUGGGGCGAGUGCACCGCCUGCUCCGAAAGGGCAACUACGCCGAGCGGGUCGGGGCGGGCGCGCCGGUGUACCUGGCGGCGGUGCUGGAGUACCUGACGGCCGAGAUCCUGGAGCUGGCGGGCAACGCGGCCCGCGACAACAAGAAGACGCGCAUCAUCCCGCGUCACCUGCAGCUGGCCAUCCGCAACGACGAGGAGCUCAACAAGCUGCUGGGCAAAGUCACUAUCGCUCAGGGCGGCGUCCUGCCCAACAUCCAGGCUGUGCUGCUGCCUAAGAAGACCGAGAGCCACCACAAGGCCAAGGGCAAGUAAACUGCAGUAUUCAAAUUCUUGAUCUUUGAGGAAUCAGUCUUAACCAAAGGCUUUUUUCAGAGCCACCCACGUAUUCGUUA